AUGGUCUUCAAACAGCCAGGGAAUGGUACAAUCUGUCCACACUAUGCUGAAUAUAUAUGGAGGGAGCUUUUGAAGAAGGGUGGGUUUGUGGUAAAUGCAGGCUGGCCUACAGCUAAUGCACCAGGUCCAAUCCUCCAGAGUGCCAAUAAGUAUUUGAAAGGCUCAAUUGAUGUAAUGAGGAAGAAGCUUGAAAAGUACAAGUCAAAUUUAGAUAAAGUUGAUAAGAACGGUGCUCCAGUUACAUCUUUGGUACAAGGCAAGAAGCUAAUAGCCCUGAUAUAUGUGAAGGAGCAAUUUGAUGAGUGGAAAGCAGAGUGCUUGAGGAUACUCCAGAAUAACUUUAACGUAGAGAGUUGUACUUUUGCUCCGGACAAGGUGAUAUUAAAGGCAUUGCAGAGUAGUUCUCUCGGACAGGCCAAAGGAUUAAGACAAAUCCAGAAUCUUUGCAUACCUUUCGUGAAGUUGAAGAAGAAGGACGCAGUUCAACUUGGAGCUCAGGCCUUAGAUAUGAAGUUACCAUUUGGAGAGGUUCAGGUACUUGAAGAGAACAUAAACUUGAUUAAGAAACAACUCGGGCUUGAAGAGGUACAAGUUUUGUCUGCUACCAAUCUUGAUGAUCGUGCAAAAGUUGUGAUGAAGGGCAAUGCAUUCUGUUUCCAUCUCCACUCACCAGAGCAGCACUCAACUGGUUUUUUGGUUGGAGCCAAAUGGACCGUUUAUACUCGAACAACGAUUUGCAUGCCCUUUGGCAACAAGAUGAUAAGCCUUUACGAGAAUUCGCCGCAUGGUUCAGCCAUGACUACUCUCGAUCCUGAAAAUUGA